AUGGAUGCCGCCGCUGGAAACUGGAGGCUAAUAAUCUAUUCGCUUCGACUCAAAGCCUCCCUGCCCGACAAAGGAGACGCAUCUGGAGUCGGAACGAUCACCAGUGGCCAUAGUGAAGGGCGAUCCGCCGGUAGCGAUAGUCACUCCGGGCCCAAUCGAGGGACGCUUCAGUCCCAUCGCCAGGUUUGCCAUCGAGGCCCGCCGCUCAGCCGCUCCGAUCACCGUAUUCAGCUCGAUGAGGUCCUUACUGGUGCCCUUUCCGAUCGUGAAUGUGACGCGCUUUGGUGA